AUGAUGAUGCACGGACACGCAUUUAGCGGGAGAGGCAGGGGCGAAGACGUCGACGGGGACACCUUUGGGCGGGUGUAUGACAGGCGGGUGAUACUGCGGCUGAUGCCGUAUGUGCGCCCGUACAGAAAGACGGCGAUAUUCGCGUUCAUAGCGAUGCUGGUUUAUACCGGCUCGCAGUUGGCGAUACCGUUUCUGCUGAAGCUGGGAAUCGACGACUAUAUCGAGCAAGGGGACUUCCGCGGGCUGCUGGCGGUGGGCGGGAUAUUCAUCGCUGUUGCGCUGGGCGGCCUUGUGGCGAACUACUUUCAGCAGAUGUUCAUGGCACGGGUCGGGCUUGGUAUGCUGUACGACCUGCGCAGGGCGAUGUUCGCGCACCUGCAGAAACUCUCACUUUCGUACUAUGACAAGACGGCAGUCGGGCGGAUAAUGUCGCGCGUUCAGGGGGAUGUGUGGCAGUUGCAAGAGCUUAUGACCAUGGUCAUUAUGACGGCGGCGGACUUGCUGAGUCUGACGGGAAUCGUGGUUAUGCUGCUCAUCAUGAACCUGAAGCUUGGGCUGAUAACGAUGGUUGUGCUGCCGAUACUCGCACUGACGAUGGCAAUCUGGCAGCCUUUCGCGGUGAAGGCGUUUUUGCGAGUGCGGACGGCGAUUUCCAUCGUGAACGGGGCGCUGAACGAGAACAUCACGGGCGUGCGCGUGGUGCAGUCGCUGAACAGGCAGCCGCGCAAUCUGGAGAUGUUCGACGAGAAGAACACCGAGCACCUGAAUGCUAACCUGCGGGCGGGCAAGCUGUCGUCGAGCCUGCUGCCGGCGGUGGACAUUCUGACGGCUGUUGCGAUCGUGCUGGCGAUAUUCUUCGGCUCAAGCAUGGUGAGCGGCAACGAGCUGGAAAUCGGUGUGCUGAUUGCGUUCAUCAUGUACAUACAGCGCUUCUUCGACCCGAUACGCAACCUGACGAUGCAGUACACGCAGUUGCAACGCUCGAUGGCGUCCGGAGCGCGGAUAUUCGAGCUGCUGGAUGUUGAGCCGGACCUUGUGGACAAUCCGGACGCGAGCAGGCUGCCGCAGCUCAAGGGCGAUGUGGUAUUGAAGGACCUGAGCUUCAGCUACUCGGCAAGCGAAGAUAUCGUGCGGCUGGACAGGGAAGCAGGUUCGGUGAACAGCAGGAACGGCACAGCCAAUGGCGCGAGCAGUGUGCCGGAUGUGCUGAAGCACUUGUCGCUGCAUAUCAAUCCGGGCGAGACGGUGGCGGUUGUGGGACCGACGGGCGCGGGUAAGACGACGCUUGUGUCUCUGAUUUCGCGCUUCUACGAUGUGCCGCGCGAGAAGGGCGCGAUACUGGUGGACGGCUACGACAUCCGUGAUGUUACGCGCAGUUCGCUGGCGGGUCAGAUGAGCAUGGUGCUUCAAGAGCCGUUCCUGUUCUCCGGGACGGUGCGGGAUAACAUCAAGUACAAUCAUCCGGGCGCGAGCGACGAGCACAUGAUCGAGGCGUCCGAAGGCGGUAGGCGUCCACGACAUCAUCAUGCAACUGGACGACGGGUACGACACUUACCUCGCGGAGCGGGGGUUGAACUGAGCCUUGGUCAGCGACAGCUGCUGAGCUUCGCAAGGGCGAUUGUCGCGGACCCGCGCAUUCUGAUUCUGGACGAGGCGACAGCGAAUAUCGACAGCUACACGGAGAUGCUGAUUCAGCAGGCGCUGCAAAAGUUGCUGCAGGACCGGACGGCUAUCGUGAUCGCGCACCGGCUAUCGACGAUAAGGGGCGCGGACAAGAUUGUGGUGCUGAACCAAGGGGAGAUUGUUGAAGUCGGGACGCAUGCGUCGCUGAUGGAGCAGGACGGGCUGUACGCGCAUCUGUAUAGCAUGAACUACGCGCGCGAUGGAGGAGGCUGCUGA